UCUACAACCUACCAUACCUCUCCUUCAAACCUACCAACCAACCAACACCCCAAUCCCCAACUUCACAACCAUCAACAUGCGUUUCUCCGCCAUCGCCCUUCCCGUCCUUGCCGGCUUCGCCGCUGCUCAGUCCAACGUUAUCUCAUCCCUCCAGAGCCAGCUCACUAGUGCUGUCUCUUCCAUCGCUGCCUCUUCCGCCGCUGCCUCCCGUUCGGCAUCCCUCUCUUCCGUUGCCGCAUCGGCCAGCAGCGUUCUCGCAUCCGUCUCCUCUGUGGCAGCCUCUGCUACCCACACUGGUUCCGCUGAUGCCGUUGUUGGCGAGCUCGGUGGUGUUGCCGCCGCUGCCAUCGGUGUCGCUGCUUGGUUGUUGUAGAUGCAUUGAUGGUUCAGAUAUUUUGAAUUAUUGGCAGUAAUUAGGGUGUGAACGUUGGUUGCAAAUGUCGAAGUAAUAGUCAUCAGAGGUCGUCUCACAGACGAGGUAUAAUACGAAACAGGUCACUUAAACCAUUGACUCCCCAUGUGAUGAGUGGCAACUACUUCGCUAUGCCUUGCGUUCAAACCCGAAACCCCUUCUUAUCUCACCUUAUAACGUCUUCCGUCCCAAGUGAGCUUGUUUUAUGUUAGAUCGAUGCCAUCACAUUUCUCCCAGCUUGAUUCGUUGUCGACGUUUGUCUUUACCCGGCAUUUCCAAACCAUAGCGCUUGAGUCAAGGUCGAUCACAGAGUCUUUGAAAUAAACAAGGAAUCG